CCUGUCCUGCAGGUCAGUUCAAGUCGGGAACAGAGGGACAGUGCAGGACCUGUCCAGCAUACAGCCAGUCCAGCACCAUGGGGGCGUCGGUGUGCACGUGUCGCUCCGAGUUCCUCCGUGCCAGUUCGGACACUCCAGAGACCCCGUGCACCAAGCCUCCCUCGGCUCCGCGCAACCUCGACCCCUGGAUCAACGACACCAUGCUCACCCUGAAGUGGAACGAGCCCGUGGACAGCGGCGGCAGGAAAGACCUGACCUACGCCAUCAGGUGCUCCGUCUGCAGGUCCGCCAAGGGCUCGUGCCUCCCGUGCGGGGACGGCGUCAGCUAUCGCCCCUCGCAGGACGGCCUGCUAGGACGCAGAGUGGAGGUGUGGGGCCUGCUGCCUCACACCACGUACACCUUCACCGUUCAGGCGCUCAACGGGGUGUCUUCGCUCAGCAGCAAGGAGCCCGCCAGCGAAAGCAUCAACAUCACCACCAGCCACGAAGUGCCGUCGCUGGUGUCUGUGAUCUGGAAGAGCGAGUCCACAGAGAGCAGCCUGACUCUGCACUGGUCCGUCCCGGCUCAGCCACAUUACAACAUCCUGCAGUAUCAGCUACGCUACUGCGAGAAGGAGAGGCUCAGUGAAAGUCAGUGCUUGUACACAGAGACUAAAAGAAACCAGGUGGUGCUGACAGACCUCCGCAGGGCCACGCAGUACGACGUGCAGGUCCGGGCGCGCACCCUGGCUGGUUACGGCAGCUUCAGCUCUGCAGCUGUCUUCCGCACCCUGCCUGAUGGAUAUGACUCUGCCUCGCAGUUCUUGGUACCUGGCAUCCUCAUCGCUGUCGGGAUGCUGCUGCUCGUUGCCUUCGUCUUCGUGGCCGCCUACUGCAUACGCCGACACAGCCAAAUAAAAGAUCCAGAGCUGAGUGACAAAAACAACCAGUACUUUACCGGACAAGGGGUCAAGGUUUAUAUCGACCCUUUCACCUACGAGGACCCUAAUGAGGCGGUGCGAGAGUUUGCCAAGGAAAUUGAUGUUUCCUUUGUCAAGAUAGAGGAGGUUAUCGGCGCGGGCGAGUUCGGGGAGGUGUGUCGAGGACGGCUGAAGAUCCCAGGAAAAAAAGAGAACUACGUCGCGAUUAAGACCCUGAAAGGAGGCUACACAGAGAAGCAGAGGCGGGACUUUCUGUCUGAGGCAUCCAUCAUGGGACAGUUCCAGCACCCCAACAUCAUCCACCUGGAGGGAAUCAUCACUGCCAGCUGCCCCGUCAUGAUCCUCACAGAGUACAUGGAGAACGGAGCUCUGGAUUCGUUUCUGCGGCUGAAUGACAGCCAGUUCACUCCCAUCCAGCUGGUGGGAAUGUUGCGUGGCAUCGCCUCUGGCAUGAAGUACCUGGCAGAGAUGAGCUACGUCCACAGAGACCUGGCUGCGCGCAACAUCCUGAUCAACAGCAACCUUGUGUGCAAGGUUUCCGACUUCGGCUUGUCGCGCUUCUUACAGGAGAACUCCUCCGACCCGACUUACACCAGCUCCCUGGGAGGUAAGAUUCCUAUCCGCUGGACAGCGCCGGAAGCGAUAGCCUUCAGAAAGUUUACUUCAGCCUCAGACGUGUGGAGCUACGGCAUCGUCAUGUGGGAGGUCAUGUCUUUUGGAGAAAGGCCCUACUGGGACAUGAGCAACCAGGAUGUAAUCAAUGCCAUAGAACAAGAUUACCGGCUGCCCCCACCGCCCGACUGCCCCACCCACCUGCACCAGCUGAUGUUGGACUGCUGGCAGAAGGACCGCUCGGCUCGUCCCCGCUUCGCAGACCUCGUUAGCGCUCUGGACAAACUCAUCCGCAACCCCGCCUCUCUGAAAAUAGUUGCUCAGGAAGGAGGAGGGCCGUCCUGCCCCCUGCUGGACCAGCGCGCACCUUUAGCACUUUCGCCGUGCUCUUCGAUCGGGGAAUGGCUGAGGGCCAUCAAGAUGGAGCGCUACGAGGACAGCUUCCUGCAGGCUGGCUUCAACUCGGUGGAUCAGCUGGCCCAGAUCACGGCACAGGAUCUGCUUCACAUGGGAGUGACUUUAGCCGGACAUCAGAGAAAAAUCCUUUCCAGUAUCCAGACAAUGACCUUUCAGAAUAAGGGCACGGCAACCGUGACUUUCUAGCUGCCCUGCCUUCUUUCCUGGACGUGAAUAGAGAACUCAGGUGAGCAGCCGUGUCCAAAAGCAGUCUGGAUCUUUUCCCCGUGACCCACUUUGAGCACGGACUCCGAGGAAGAAGGGAGAAUGUCUUCAUUACCGGGGACGAGAGGGAAAAACGUUCGCCAGUAAGGAUGAAGCAUGAGACUUGUCAAGACGCUGGCUGGAGCCUGUCACCUGGAGUGACCAGGUGAUCGAGUCACACGAUGGUUUUUACAGUUUCACUACUUUUACAUCGACCAAGAAUAGGACCCCGAUACAUCUGCCAAACCACGAGGAGCGACAGAGUUUACACUAUUUCUACCGUUUCUUCUCCAUCUGAAAUUAAUAAGUAGUUUAAAAAUGUCUAACCUUUAACCAAAGGAAACAAAAAAAGCAUU